GUCAGCCUGGCCAGGGGCAGGUGCGUCUUCAUCAGGCGGGGCUCGGAAGCGUCCUCUAGGAUACGCGUGCCGAGGAGCUCGAGGAGCGGCGUCCUGGCCAACCACUCAAAGAAGUUCUCAGCCGACCGGCCUCUGUUGACGAUGAGCUGCAAGAUCUGCUGGACCCAGUGGGUUCCGCACUUCGGGUACGUGACGAGCACCACGUCCCCAGCACAGGGCACGAACUGCAGGGCUUGCCGCACCGGCUCCGGGCUGAACUCGCACGGCGCGAUGCCUACCCCGAAGAAGCCGAGUUAUGUCGACGUAGACGGGAUUCGGCUGCCGGGGGGCUUCGAUCCCGACCGCGUACGAGAAGCGCUAAGCUUCAAACCGAAACCCGGCGACAUCUUUCUGGUGACGUACCCCAAGUGCGGAACUCACUGGAUCCAGCAGAUCUCGCAACUCAUACUGAACCGCGGCGCGUCGGCCAGCAACUACCUCGAGUUCCAGAUGAAGACGCCCUUCCUGGAAUUCACCGGCACCAGCGACUUGGACGCCAUGCCGCCGCCGCGACUCCUCAAGACGCACUUUGCCUUCGACCGGCAGCCGUACCACGAGGACGCCAAGUACGUGUACAUGGUGCGCAACCCGAGGGACUGCUGCGUUUCCUUCUACCAUCACUCGCGGUGCAUACCGGGCUACCAGUUCGCGGACGGUUCGUUCGACGACUUCUUCGAAGUCUUCAUCAGAGGCGAGACGGACUUCGGAGACUACUUCGACAACCUGCUGUCGUGGUACGAGCAUAAGGACGACCCCAACGUGUUCUUUCUCACCUACGAGGACCUCAAGAAGGACACCAGGGGCGGCGUUCUUCGGCUGGCCCGCUUCUUCGGAAAGAAGUACGCAGAGCCGCUCGAGAGGGACCCGCACCUGUUGCAGCAGGUGCUAGACAAGAGCAGCGUGCAGUACAUGAAGGACCACAUCGAAGUGACCAGUGGGGACCUGGAGAAGCUGCUGAGCACAGGAAACGGCGCCACCAUGGAGCCGGUGCGCAAAAUGUUCGUGCCCCGAGAUGGUAGGGAUCCGACGAUACAAUUUAUACGAAAGGGUCAGGUUGGUGACUGGAAGGGCCACUUCACACCCGAACAGGAGGCCAAGAUGCGAGCCAGGAUCGCGGAGAAGACCGCCGGCACAGACGUGAUGAGCCUGUGGAAGGACUAUUGCGACAAGUAUCAGCUGCGUGCGGAUAAGUCGUCUGGUCGCCAGUCGCACGUUCGUGAACGCAGGAGGAGCCUCGUGGCUUUGUGCUCGAAACCUGCACAGUGGCACCUCUACCGGAUGUACUAG